AUGGAGAAAACUACGAGCCAUAUCCUUUGCCCUAGGCCUCCAAAUCGCGGUAAGCUCAUAACAAUCCUUAGUAUCGACGGAGGAGGGAUUAGGGGUAUCAUCCCCGCGGUCAUGCUUGAUUUCCUUGAAUCAGAACUCCAGAUGGUAAGGAUUAAGGAAGCAAGAGUGGCAGAUUAUUUUGAUGUCAUUUCUGGAACAAGCACAGGUGGCUUCAUAACCGCCAUGUUAACUGCCCCUAAUGAGAAAAAUCGGCCACUCUACGAUGCUAAGGAUAUAAUUCCUUUUUAUCUUGAACAUUCUCCGAAGAUCUUCCGUCAACCAAGAUGGUGGAGAUCGACUACUCUUUUGAAGGUGCUAAACGGACCAAAAUACGAUGGAAAAUACCUGCACAAGCUUGUGAAAGAAAUACUAGGUGAUACAAGGUUGCAUCAAGCACUGACUAAUGUGGUUAUUCCCACUUUUGAUAUCAAAAAUCUUCAGCCUGUUCUCUUUUCUUCUUAUAUGGUAUACAUAUGCUUAGGCACGUCGGCUGCUCCAACUCUCCUACCGGCGUAUUACUUCGAAAACAAAGAUGAUAAAGGCAAUUUCAGAGAAUUCAACCUCAUCGAUGGAGGUGUUGCUGCCAAUAACCCUACACUAGUUGCAUUAACCGAAGUGAAAAAACAAGUAAUGAGGGAAAACCCGAAUUUCUUCCCGAUUAAGCCCACGGAUCGUGAACGUUUGCUGGUAAUAUCGUUAGGGACUGGAUCCGACAAGUUAGACCGGAAAUACAAUGCUCAUACCGCAGCAAAAUGGGGUAUAAUUUCAUGGUUAUUUGACAAUGGUUCAACUCCAAUACUUGAUGCUUACAAUCAAUCUAAGACUGAUAUGAUCGAUUUCCAUAACGCUGUUGCUUUUGAAGCUUAUGGCUCCAUUGAUAAUUACCUUCGUAUCCAAGAUGAUACGCUAACAGGAUUAGCAACAAAAGCAGAUGCAGCAACCAAGAAAAAUUUGGAAAACCUUGUGAAAAUAGGAAAGGCACUAUUGAAGAAACCUGUUUCAAGGAUUAAUUUUGAUACGGGCAUUUAUCAACCUAUUCCUAAUGGUGGAACCAAUGAGGAGGCCUUGAUAAGGUUUGCAAAACAACUUUCCGAUGAAAAGAGAAGGCGGGAACAACCUGAGAAUUGCCGAAAAGAGUGAUACAUUUGGCAUUUGUAUUCCCUUACAUUAAACACCAUUAUAUGUGAUUUAUAUAAAGUAUGAAAAAACUUUGUAAAAGAGUGCACCGGUGUGGAUUAUUAUAGUAGCUAUCCCCAAACA